CUUCUGCUGUCGAUUUACCUUUGCGGUGAUCGUUUCUGUGGAUUGGAUCUGUCUUCUGCGAUAUCGGAGUGCCGGCGUAGUGGGCGAUGGAAUCUGGCGGCGGGCGGAGCGAUCCACGUCCUUUGACGAGGGAGGAAGAAGCGGUUAAACGGAAUACUGAUUGCGUUUACUUUCUCGCCUCGCCUCUGACUUGCAAAAAGGGAAGUGAAUGUGAGUAUCGCCACAGUGAGGGUGCCAGAAUUAACCCAAGAGACUGCAAAUUCUGGUUUAGUGGAAACUGCUUGAAUCCAAAAUGCUUAUUCCGCCAUCCGCCGCUUGAUGUACCAUUCGGAAAUCCUGUGGCUACUUCAGGAUCAAAUAUGGCUCCUUCACUAGCGCCCACACCCAUGCAGUUACCAAUGGCGAGCUUACCUGCUUAUAAUUUGAGCAGAAACAAUGUUCCUUGUUAUUAUUUCCAGAAAGGUGCCUGUUUGAAAGGCGAUAAGUGUCCUUUUGUGCAUGGACCGCAACCUGCAGGUAAUUCUGUGACAAAGCAGACUGCAAAGGCUUCUGUACCAGUUACGGCUCAGUUGGAUACAACCAGAAAAGAUGCUUGGAAAUUGAAGGAAUAUGAUAAUCAGCAGAACUUUCCUAAGGCAUCAAAGAAUGCUGGAAAGCAAGUUACUGGUGCAUCUUCAUCAGUAGAAAGCAGCAUAGCAUUGGAAAAUGCUAAGGUGCAUAGAAGCAGUAGCACCAGCCUUCUUAGGCCUUCGAGUUUUCAUGUUCAAUCUGAUGGAAAUCAUUCAAAUGAGCAUGAAGCUGGUGAAAUUUUGGGAGAACCUUCUGGAGUUGUUGGCACCAAAUCGAAGAGGCCAUUAAAUCAACAAAUUCAAUCUUCCCGGUACAAGAAUGACAUGGGAGUUGAAGUCAUCAGAGAGUUUUCCCCUGGAUUUGAUGUUCUCGUUAAUAAUGUUGUAAAGGUUGCGGAUUACCUGCAUGAUAAAGAUGGCUUUAGAAGUGGAUCCAUUCAAGGGGGAAGAAAUAUGAGCCAUGGAGAUGGCUAUGGCCAGCAGCAUCAGUGUGAUCCUGAAUCUACUGCUAGUGAGUUUCGGCAUUAUGGAAAAGUGCAGCAUGGCAUUGAUGGAGACCAACAUGGGAAUUUUUCUGUAUCCGAGAGGAUUAAGGAGAAACCAAUAUUGCCUGUAAGAAGAUCCGCCGCACACAAGCUCAGGAGUCCUGAUGGGAUGGAUGAAACAGAUCUUCGUUAUAGGCUAAUGAAACAAAGAAGGCUAAAUAGUUCUUUAUCUGCUACCAUUUCUGAUUCUGAAAGUAAGCCCUACGGGAGGCAUGAACAGAAAAUGCAGGAUAGGCACCCUCCUAACUCCUACAGGGAUCAACGACUACUUCCUCCUGAAAGCACCAUUAGCAGUCGUUUGAGAGGUAGAAUAACUCUUUCCAAGCCAUCUUCUCCUGAAAUUGCCUCUGAUUUACAGGGUGGAGGAGGUAGGGGAAGGCAAAGAGGCAAUCUAUCACCAGUGAGGACAUCGAGUCUGCAGAGAAGACUUGGAGAGAGAUUAAGUCGGAGGCCAAUUGAGGACUUCACUAGCAAUGCUAGAAACAUAGGUAGCCAACAGAAAUCAAGAGAUAGUGUGGAUCCUCUAGAUUUUGCUGGUCCAAGAAGUCUUGCGGAGUUGAAAGGUGCAAAACCUGAUGUAAGUUCUGAAGGCCAAUCAUCCAAGAAUGUUAAAUCUACUUCAUCCCUGGAGCAUAAUGGAAUGAAGUCCUUGAAGAGGAAUAGAGAAGUCAGGCCUGACAAUGAUGCAAUCUCAGGUGUCAGCAAUGAUAGAAAAGCAAUUGGGGCAAUUGAAGUUGGUUCUUCUGCAUCUGAAGCAGCCCCAGUGCCAGAAUUGCGGUCACAGGAUGCAUUUGAAGCCAGUUUGGAAUGGACUAAAGUCAUCACUAAUCUUGAAGAUCCCGCUGCAGCAACAAUGGUGGAAGAAGAGGGAGAAAUUGAAGAGGAAGUAGUUCAUAUUCCUGCGGAUGUUGAACAAAUAACUUACGAGAAGCAAGCUGCAGAAGAUGAAACAGAAGCCAGAGAUGCUGCUGAAGAGGAUGAGCUAGAUUACACUGAUCAAAGAGAUGGAGAAUAUGAUUAUGAGACAAUCGAUGGUGGAGAUUACAAGACAGAAGAUUAUGAAAAUAUGGACCCAAUGAAUUUAGAUGAUGAAGAAGAAGAUGAAGAUGAUGAUGAAGAUGAUUUUGCUAAGAAGAUUGGCCUCAUUUUUUCGUAGGGUGAAAGAAUGAGGACUAAUUUAGCUCUUGCUGCUGUGCUUGUUGCUUCUUGCCACUUCAGCAGUUCCUCUAUUUUCUUGGAUCUGAAGUAUUGAUGGUACACUGUUAGAUGCAGCUAUCUGGAAGAUGUUUCGUCUCAGGCUUUGAUAUUUUUGGUCUUCUCAAUUGUUUUUCCCACUUUCAUAAGCGAAGCUUUAGUUGAGAUUCCUGUAAUGUAAUUAGCGUUAGGCGAUUUGUGCCUGAUGAACUUGAGGAAUGUGUUUUCCUUAAGUUGUCUGAAAUGAUUCUCUUUAACCUGGGAUUUCAUUUAUAAAACUUUGUGAAAUUUUUACAGCUCCCAAACUUAGCUUCUUGUUUU